AUGUUCGUAAUCCGAUCCUUAAUACGAUGGCAGAUGGCAAUUGUGUUGAUGAUGAUUGUUUGUAUUUCAUGGAAUGUUUGGGAGGUGCAAUCCACUCAUGAAGACUUGAUUGAUGAAUUGAUGGGAUUAUUUCAAAAACAUCAAUGGAAUAGGACGGAUUCACUUCUUUCAGAAACAUUCCGAUUACAAGUGUACGGAUUUGUUAGAAAUCCAUACAUACCCUUCUCGGGAUUGUAUGAGGGAAAGAAUGCAUGGAAGUAUUAUUUUGGAAAUUUAUCACAAUAUUUUAAUGUCGGUCAAUAUCAACUCAAUGGAUUUGAAAUUGUUGCUGGAAAGAGAAAUAGCUCAUUUGUAAAGAUGGAUGAAACACAUCUCACAAAGUAUCAUCAUAUUAAGGUGUCAUUAAGCGAUAUCAUUUAUUUUGAAUUUGAAGAAAAGAAUAGUAGUAACAGUAGCAGCCCGAUUACAACUAGAACGGUUUUAACUUUUGCACAAAUGAUGGCCGAUACCUCCUCCAUUGAAAAUAUUCUCAAUGUAGAUAGUGGAAAGAGUGAUGGGGUUGUGUUCUUUGUCAUUGGAAGUGCAUGUUUAUCCUUAUUUUUAGGCAUUGCUUUCGGCUCCAGCACUUUGUUAAUUGUUGCUGAAUUGAAACGACGUAUCCAUGAAUUAUCUGUGAAAAAGCGAAAUUCACAAAAUCCUCACUUGUUGUCCUCUCCUUCCAGUACUCGUGUGCAAUAA